AUGAAAUAUGACCUAUCAGAAAGCCCUGUGAUAGGUUCCAUAGACCCCUGCGCUUCUGUCACCUGUAAUGCUAAUUCCCACUGCAACAACGGAGUAUGUGAAUGUAAUCCUGGUUACGAAGCCUCUGGUUCGGGUUCCUGCUCCGUCAUAGACCCCUGCGCCUCUGUCACCUGUUAUGUUAACUCACACUGCAACAACGGAGUAUGUGAAUGUGAUCCUGGUUACGAAGCCUCUGGUCUUAAUUUCUGUUCCGUAAUCCAAACUACAGCAGAGACAUCAACAGCAGGCGAGACAUCUACGUCUGAAACUACCAAAACCACAACAGCAGACGAGACAUCGACAUCUGGAAUUACCCAAACCACAACAGCAGACGAGACAUCCACAUAUGGAAUUACCCAAACUACAACAGCAGACGAGACAUCCACAUCUGGAAUUACCCAAACUACAACAGCAGACGAGACAUCUAUAUCUGAAACUACACAAACCACAACAGGAGGCGAUACAUCUACGUCUGAAACUACCCAAAAAACAACAGCAGACGAGACUUCUACAACUGGAACUACCCAAAUCACAACAGCAGGUGAGACAUAUACAUCUGAAACUACCCAAACAACAAAAGCAGACGAGACAUCUACAUCCACGUCUGAGUCUGAAGUUACCCAAACCACAACAUCAGGCGAGACAUCUACGUCAAUAAUUACCCCAUUCACAACAGCAAGCGAUACAUCUACGUCUGGAAUUACCCAAACAACAACAGCAGGCGAGACAUCUACGUCUGAACUUACCCAAACCACAACAGCAGACGAGACUUCUACAUCCACGUCUGAGUCUGAAGUUUCCCAAACCACAACAUCAGGCGGGACAUCUACGUCAAUAAUUACACCAUUCACAACAGCAAGCGGUACAUCUACGUCUGGAAUUACCCAAACACCAACAGCAGGCGAGAAAUCUACGUCUGAAGUUACCCACUCCACAACAUCAGGCGGGACAUCUACGUCAAUAAUUCCCCCAUUCACAACAGCAUGCGAUACAUCUACCUCUGGAAUUACCAAAACAACAACAGCUGUCGAGACAUCUACGUCUGGAAUUCCCCAAACAACAACAGCGGGCGAGGGAUCUACGUCUGGAAUUACCCAAACCACAACAACAAGCGAGAUAUCAACGUCAGGAAUUACCCAAUCCACAACCUCAGGCGAGACAUCUACGACUGGAAUUACCCAAUCCACAACAUCAGGCAAUACAUCUACGUCAGGAAUAACCCAAUCCACAACAUCAGGCGGGACAUCUACGUCAAUAAUUCCCCCAUUCACAACAGCAAGCGAGACAUCAACGUCAGGAAUUACCCAAACCACAACAGCGGGCGAGAUAUCUACGUCUGGAAUUACCCAAAGCACAACAUCAGGCGAGACAUCUUCGUCUACAAUUACCCAAACCACAGCAGCCGAUGUGAUACAUACAACUGAUAUUACCCUAACUGCAACACCAGAUGAGACGUCUCUGUCUGGAGUCGCACUAACGACGACAACAGCAGAGGGAACCUCAAUCAAAUCAACCGAUGCAAGCGCCCAGUCCUCAACGACAAUUACUGCAAUUACGUUUAUAUCUACCUUUCCAAGCGUUUCAACAACUUCAUCACAACUGUCGGCCACCGUCGUUACUCCAACAUCUAAUGCCGAGUUGUGUCAGUGUCGGUGUACAGAAACAAAUGUAACAAACGAACUGACUCUUGUAGAGUUAGUACAGAAACUCGAAUCAGAGCUUAAGUUAAAUGUUACGACUUUGUCCUCCUAUCGUCGUAAACUGACUUGUGCAUCUGACGAUAGAACAUCAGCACAGACAGUAGGUGUUUUGGGAAUUUUUCUCAUGGCCUUGGUUGGCGGAAUACGUUCCUUGGACAUUUCUAAUGAAGCAGUGGAGACGAGAUUGUUCAAACGUUUCAACAGCACAAAAUAA